GCAGGUUCUGGAAUAGGAAUUAAAGAUUAUUUUGGGAGCUCUUCUCGUCAGCCUUCAUAUUCAUACAACGAUACACAAAGGAUGACAAAAGAGAUCACAAAAAAGGUUCGAGAAGACCUUAGAGAGGAGAUCAGGGCUGAGGUGAGGGCUGAAUUCCAGGUCAUGUUUCAGCAGCAGUUUCAGAGCAUACGCCCGGUGCCAUCUCCUAUACAGGAACAUGUUAUCCCUCCCCCUCCCACAGGUAAACUUAAUAAACAUUUAUGUGCAAUUAUUUCUAUCUUUUGUAUAAUCUAACAUUUACUCUGACAGGGAGAAGNGGGAAAGGAAGUUGUUCCGCAGCAGCCAUCCCAGAGGAUGACAUGGACGAUGGUAGUCCAUGUCUGCUAUACAUUUUAGAGGAUACUGAGAUGGUGCUAGUAGCUCGUGGAACAGAGUUUAGGUCAACGACUGUAUGUCAUGGUAUGCAACUAUUAGAGGAUGAGGUGAAGGUCUUAGUGGAUGAAAUGAUCAUACCAGAUGCCCCGGUUCCUCUGUCCACGGAAGUGAUUUUCACUGUGGAACAAGCAUUUAAGUCGUUUAUCAGUUGGCCUAAAUUUUUGGUUAAACCAGUUUCUGACCCCUCGACGCAGGCACAGGAGAAAAUUCUUCUAUCUGAGGAUGAUCCUCUUGUAUAUGUCUGGGGUNAGUAA